AUGGUCCUGCUGCUGCCCAUGGUCCUGCUGCUGCCCAUGGUCCUGCUGCUGCCCAUGGUCCUGCUGCUGCCCAUGACCCUGCUGCUGCCCAUGACCCUGCUGCUGCCCAUGGUCCUGCUGCUGCCCAUGACCCUGCUGCUGCCCAUGGUCCUGCUGCUGCCCAUGGUCCUGCUGCUGCCCAUGACCCUGCUGCUGCCCAUGACCCUGCUGCUGCCCAUGGUCCUGCUGCUGCCCAUGGUCCUGCUGCUGCCCAUGGUCCUGCUGCUGCCCAUGACCCUGCUGCUGCCCAUGGUCCUGCUGCUGCCCAUGACCCUGCUGCUGCCCAUGGUCCUGCUGCUGCCCAUGGUCCUGCUGCUGCCCAUGGUCCUGCUGCUGCCCAUGACCCUGCUGCUGCCCAUGGUCCUGCUGCUGCCCAUGGUCCUGCUGCUGCCCAUGACCCUGCUGCUGCCCAUGGUCCUGCUGCUGCCCAUGGUCCUGCUGCUGCCCAUGGUCCAGUCUGACCCAGGCCUCAUCACAGCCUUGUUUUCGUGGACAGACGGAGGUUGCGUUGGUCUCAUUGUGGACUAA